AUGGUUGCUGAUGGCCGAGAGCCGAUUUUCGACCGCAGAAUAAAGGGCCAAGUCACCGAGUGGCAUGGCUCCUACGGCUGGGUCUCGGCACUGGAGGACAUUGGCCCCUACUACAAUGGCCGGCUAUAUCUUCACCGCAAAGAUCUCAGGCCCGGCACCGAGCCGGAGCUGGGGCGUGAGCUGGACUUCAUGCUCUACCGGGACCCCAAGGGCCUCGGCUGCGCCGAUGCCGCGGCGUUCGACGCGGAGGCGGAGGAGGCGGGAGCCGCUGUGAAGGAGGAGGAGUCGCUGCCGCAGGGAUGGAAGAGAGUGUGGAGCGAGGAGCACAGGGAGUGGUACUUCUGGAACAAUGCCAACAAGGAGUCCAGAUGGACAAGGCCUUCGGAGCCUCCGGAGGAAGCCUUGCCGGAGGGCUGGCAGAAGGUUCUCGAUGUCGAGACAGGCCAGCACUACUACUGGCACCAGCCAACAAGAGUGUCCAGCUGGGAGCCGCCAGAAGCGCCAUCUGAGGCCAAGGCGACCAGCGACGCAGGCGAGCGGUCGGCCAAGCACGCCCGGGUUGCUAACCCUGUGGCGCAGCUGGUGAAGCAGUGGGGGCAGCAGGACGCGGCAGAGUCCGACAUGCCAGAGACUGCGCCAGAGGCGGAGGAGGCGCGAGACAUCCAUCGAAGGAUCCCGAAGCGCCGCUGCCGCCGGGAUGGGAGCAGCACUGGUCAGAGGAGCAUGGCUCCUUUUACUACUGGCAUCGGCCGACAAAGCAGUCCUCUUGGGAGCGGCCCACCUUGA